AUGGCCGCCACCAGAUUAAAAUCAGAUUUUGUUGUUUUCCUUGUUAUUUUGGCAAUAACUCUUAUUUCUGGCGUAAAAAUCAACCUUAAUGGUAGCUGGGCUGUCGAAGAUGAAGGACGUGAGAUUGUCACACUUGCCACAGUGCCUGGAGAAAUCUUUAUGGAUCUGGUCAAUGGCGGCUUCCUAGACGACCCCUAUUAUCGAUCCAAUUACAUUAAGUAUCGUUGGGUGUCGUACAGGAACUGGACGUAUUCAAGAUCUUUUCUAGUAUCUGAGGAUGUGUACGACCGCCCCCACCUUGACCUGGUCUGUGAGGGCUUGGACACGGUCGCAGCUGUCUACAUCAACGAUAAACUUCUCGCCAGAACAAAAAACAUGUUCAUCAAGCAUCGCUUUGAUGUCAAAGGUCUCCUUGUGGUAAGUUCAUUGACUAAAAUCCUUUGCAUUUCAUCCAGAUUCUUGAUAAGGAAUCAAAUUCUUUUUGUUGGAAAUGAUGGCCAUCAUGUUUUCUUUACUUCAGAAGGCGGAAUUGAAACUCCUGGCAAAAAUAUAGUGAAAGUUGUGUUUACAUCGGCCGUCCUGUAUGCGGCUGAGCAGGCUAAAGCUCAUGCGUAUCCAAUCCCUCCUGCUGACAGGAAUCCAUGUGAACAUAGCGAGAAGUAUCAUCAAUUCAUACGCACUCGGCAGUCUGCGUUUUCUUGGGAUUGGGGCCCUGCUUUCCCGACAGUCGGGAUUUGGAAGCCUAUCUACAUCGAUGGCUACACAGAGGCAAGAAUUGGUGAAGUCACUGUCGCUACCUCAAAAACGACCAACUCCAGUUGGGUCGUGAGUGGUAAAGUGCACUUCCAUGUCUUGUCUGACGUCACCAUCGAUCUUGUGAUCAGUAUCCCGGGGCUGAAGAAAGUUGAGAUGUUCAAGGUCAAACUCUCGCCAAAGGUCACGGGAGGUCAGGAGUUUAAGUAUCGUCUGUCUAUUACAACUCCAGUUGAACUCUGGUGGCCAAACGGACAUGGAAAUCAGAAACUCUAUGAUAUAAACGUACAAAUUACAGACGAUAGUUUGGACCCGGUUGAUAAGAAGUCGUUACGGUUUGGAUUCCGUACAAUCAAGUUGAUCGAGAAUGAUAUACAAGGUGGCAAAGCGACCACAUUUUACUUCAUGAUCAACGACAAGCCGAUCUUCAUGAAGGGCUCCAACUGGAUCCCUGGUGAUGCGUUCCAAGAGAGAAUGACCCCUGAGAGGACGAGGAACCUGCUGCAGUCAGCUGCUGAUGCUGGCAUGUGUAUGAUGAGGGUCUGGGGAGGAGGGAUCUAUGAAACGGAUGUAUUCUACGACCUGAUGGAUGAGCUGGGCAUCAUGGUCUGGCAGGACUUUAUGUUUGCUGUAGCGAUGUACCCGGCUGACCAGGAAUAUCUUGAUACGGUCCGUGAAGAAACCACAUACCAAGUGCGUCGUCUGCAGCAUCAUGCCAGUAUCGCCAUCUGGAGUGGUAACAAUGAAUGUGCUGGUUGUCUCGCUAGUAACCGUUUUGGGACGGCGGCCCAUUACAAACGUUACUAUAACGACUAUGUCGCCCUCUAUAUUGGCGUGGUGUUGAAUGUGACAGCCCAGGAGGACCAGAGUCGGCCUAUCGUCAGUACGUCACCCAGUAAUGGCAAGCUGACGCCUGGAGCUGGUUGGAUCGAUAAGAAUGUUUAUGACACUCACCAUGGUGACGUCCACUUCUACACGUACUCUGGGAAUCUCUGGGACUGGCGUCGCUUUCCCAAACCCAAGUUCUGCUCGGAAUACGGCAUCCAAUCGUACCCGUCAUUUGAGGUGUUGAAACAAGUCUCUCAGCCCGAGGAUUGGUACUUCAACAGUACGUUUAUUGCAGACAGGCAGCAUCAUUGUGGCGGUGACAAACAACUUUUUGAUAUGGUGAAAGCUGUGAUGCAUCUCCCCAACUCGACUGACCACAUCAAACUAUUCAGUGAUCUUCUCUAUGUCUUCCAGAUUAAUCAAGCAAUGUCCAUCAAAACAGAGAGCGAAGUCUAUAGAAGGAUGCAGGGUGUCAUGAAUGGUCUUGGUGGUUACACGAUGGGAUCACUCAUCUGGCAGCUCAAUGAUAACUGGCAGGGGCCUUCUUGGGCGACGUUAGAGUACACUGGCAAAUGGAAGAUGCUGCAUUACUAUAUCAAAGACUUCUACAAUAAGACUGUGGUCGUCCCGUGGGAGGAUGGGGAUACAUUCAAGGUCAGCUUCGUCCAGGAGGACGUUCAGCUGCCGGCACCAGGGGAAUCGGUGGAAAUCCUCAAAAGUAAGACGGGUAUCCCUCUUGGAUCGUCUUACAGAAGUUCUGGGCAGGACCAGUACUCACAAGAGACGUUUGAAUGGCAGCAGUCAUCGGCUGAAGAGGGCAAAGAUCUGAAGUGGUCUAGGAGUGCGGUCACAGAGGAGGCGGAGGGUCAGAGUCCAGGGGUGGUCCACAUGGGGCAGCAGAAACUACUUGUCGUGGAGAAGGCUGCCGGUGAUAAGGAUUCGUCGUGGUAUUGCUCAACUGCCAAGCCGUGUGUUCUAGUCCUCACAUUCAGGCCGUGGGAUCUCACAAAAUCUCCACUUAGAAUUCAAACAAUUAUCAAACAGUCCACCAUCUUACCGUCCAUGGUUAUAUUUGAAGCGGAGACAUCCACGAUGUUGGGUCAGUUGAAGAGAGAAGAUUACAUGAUCGAGAUUACCGUCCAAGACGAGGCCAGCGUGACACUGGCCUCAAACUUUUACUUCCUGACCGUUCCUAAAGCUGCCUGGGGGAUGAGAAAGGCUAACAUCAAGGUUAAAAGCGUCACAGCUCGGGACAAGAACUUCGUGAUCACACUCUCCAGUGACCAGCCGGCGUUGUUCGUCUUUGUGGAGGCGUGGGGGAUCAAGGGACGAUUCUCUCAAAAUGGCUUCCAUAUGAUGUCUGGACCAAGCAAGGCUCUAACGCUGGUCUUCUAUCCAUGGGAGGUGACGACCGUCAGGGCAUUACAGGAUUCACUCAGGAUCACAUCUCUUAUGGACGUUUAUCAGUUUUGAUUAUGGAACAUAAACUUGUUUUAAUAGCUCUAAUAUAAUCUAAAAUAACCCGUAUUACAAUCAUGUCUUAACAUUUAACUGAAAUCUGAAUAUGUGUUAGAUUUAUAACUUAAUAAGAAAAAUUUCAAAUCUACGGCUAGCAUGAUAUCUGAAUGUCAAUCAGACAUUUUGUUUGCCCAACACAACUUACAGGUAAUCAGAUUGUAUCACUUGGCACAUAUCUUACAUUACCAGGUAUGUGUUUAACCAUUCCAGUUAAUCAGAUUGUAUCACUUGGCGCAUAUCUUACAUUACCAGGUAUGUGUUUAACCAUUCCAGUUAAUCAGAUUGUAUCACUUGGCGCAUAUCUUACAUUACCAGGUAUGUGUUUAACCAUUCCAGUUGAUCAGAUUGUAUCACUUGGCACAUAUCUUACAUUACCAGGUAUGUGUUUAACCAUUCCAGUUGAUCAGAUUGUAUCACUUGACACAUAUCUUACAUUACCAGGUAUGUGUUUAACCAUUCCAGUUGAUCAGAUUGUAUCACUUGGCACAUAUCUUACAUUACCAGGUAUGUGUUUAACCAUUCCAGUUGAUCAGAAGACUGACAUGCACAAGAGUUAUUCUGUUUUUGGGAGUCAAUAUGGUCUAGUGUAUCACACUUGGCUAGCUGUCAAGAGGUCUCCGGUUCAAAGCUUACAGUUGGCAUAAGAUGCUAAGCAGUUGUCAUAGUCUAACUUCCCAUCCUCCACCCAGGACCCGGUUGUUCAAAGUUCUGUUAUCUGGUUUGGCAGCCGCUAAACCACUGUUAUCUUAGCAGGCCGCCAAAUUCGCGUUAAGGUUAGCGGCCGCUAUACAACUGCUAAGUAAGCGGUACCUCAAGGGUUUUGUCUUUGGCUGCUGCCAAGUGAAGCAGCGGUCGCUAAACUAACCAGGCUUUGAACAACCGGACCCAGGUGUAUAAAUGGGGACCAGUCAGAAAUGCUCAGGUUGUAGUGCUGAUUAUCGACAAUCUUUUUUCAAUGUUGUUUUCUUUAAAAGACCGAGUGUCACUUGCUGGUCUUGUGCACUCACCCUUAAUAUUACAGAAGAAUAUCAUAUAUUUGUAGUUUGUGAUAAUUUUUCACAUGUUUUGGUAAUAAAAUCAAU